UCAGCAGCGGGAUGGCCGUAGCUGUGGCGGCGGCUGCAGACGCCCGAGCAGCCGCGGCCGCAGUGGAGGCUGAAGCCCGAGCGGCGUCGGCGGCGGCACCCCGGGGAGUUUAAGAUGGCGGCGGGGGGGGCGGCGGCGGCGGCGGCGGGCCUGCGGGAGGAGCAGCGUUACGGGCUGUCGUGCGGGCGGCUGGGACAGGACCACAUCACUGUACUGCAUGUGAAGCUCACCGAGACGGCGAUCCGCGCGCUCGAGACCUACCAGAGCCACAAGAAUUUAAUUCCUUUUCGACCUUCAAUUCAAUUCCAAGGGCUCCAAGGGCUUGUCAAAAUCCCUAAAAAUGAUCCCCUCAACGAAGUGCAUACCUUUAACUUCUAUUUGUCAAAUGUGGGUAAAGACAACCCUCAGGGCAGCUUUGACUGCAUCCAGCAAACUUUCUCCAGCUCUGGAGCCUCCCAGCUCAAUUGCCUGGGAUUUAUACAAGAUAAAAUUACAGUGUGUGCAACAAAUGACUCGUAUCAGAUGACCCGAGAAAGAAUGACCCAGGCAGAGGAGGAGUCCCGCAACCGAAGCACAAAAGUUAUCAAACCCGGUGGACCGUAUGUAGGGUUGGUACAGUUCAUUCACAGCUUACACAACAGACUUUUCAACACCCCGAAUCACCCAGACCAUACUUGCCCUAAUGGGAAAAGAGUGCAAAUUCGGAAAGCUCCUCAAGCUGUUUCAGAUGCAGUGCCUGAGAGGAAAAGGUCAACACCCAUGAACCCUGCAAAUACGAUUCGCAAGACACACGGCAGCAACAGUGUCUCUCAACGGCCGUAUCGGGACAGGGUGAUUCACUUGCUGGCACUGAAGGCCUAUAAGAAACCUGAGCUGCUGGCCCGGCUGCAGAAAGACGGUGUCAAUCAGAAAGACAAGAACUCCCUCGGAGCCGUUCUGCAGCAGGUAGCCAAUCUGAAUCCUAAGGACCUCUCAUACACCUUAAAGGAUUAUGUUUUUAAAGAGCUUCAAAGAGACUGGCCUGGAUACAAUGAAAUAGACAGACGGUCAUUAGAGUCAGUGCUCUCAAGAAAAUUAAACCCAUCUCAGAAUGCUGCCAGCACCAGCCGUUCAGAAUCUCCUGUAUGUUCUAGUAGAGACACUGCAUCUUCUCCUCAGAAACGGCUUUUGGAUUCAGAUUUCAUUGAUCCUUUAAUGAAUAAAAAGGCUCGAAUAUCUCACCUGACAAAUAGAGUGCCGCCAACAUUAAAUGGCCAUUUGAAUCCCACCAGUGAAAAAUCCGCUGCAGGCCUCCCGCCGCCCCCUGCAGCCGCUGCCAUCCCUACUCCUCCACCGCUGCCUUCAACCCACCUGCCUGUCUCCAACCCACCUCAGACUGUAAAUUCUAACUCCAAUUCCCCUAGCACUCCAGAAGGCCGGGGAACUCAAGACCUACCUGUUGACAGUUUUAGUCAAGAUGGUAGUAUCUAUGAGGACCAGCAAGACAAAUAUACCUCUAGGACUUCUCUGGAAACCUUACCCCCUGGUUCAGUUCUACUAAAGUGUCCAAAGCCUAUGGAAGAAAACCAUUCGUCUCACAAAAAGUCCAAGAAGAAGUCUAAAAAACACAAGGAAAAGGACCAAAUAAAAAAUCACGACGUUGAGAUGAUUGAGGAAAAGGAAGAGGACCUUAAAAGAGAAGAGGAAAUUGCCAAGCUGAACGACUCCAAUCCGGAUUCCAAUGAAGGAGUUAAAGAGGAUUGCACUGCCUCCACAGAGCCUUCUUCAACAAUUGAACUCCCAGAUUAUUUGAUAAAAUAUAUUGCCAUCGUCUCCUACGAGCAACGCCAGAAUUAUAAGGAUGACUUCAACGCUGAGUAUGAUGAAUAUAGGGCCUUGCAUGCCAGGAUGGAGACUGUGGCUAGAAGAUUUAUCAAACUGGAUGCACAGCGAAAGCGCCUUUCUCCAGGCUCAAAAGAGUAUCAGAAUGUUCAUGAAGAAGUCUUACAAGAAUAUCAGAAGAUAAAGCAGUCUAGUCCCAAUUACCACGAAGAAAAAUACAGAUGCGAGUAUCUUCAUAACAAGCUAGCUCACAUCAAGAGACUAAUAGGUGAAUUUGACCAACAGCAAGCAGAGUCAUGGCACUAGAGCUCUGCUUGGACCAGAAGAUGUGAAUAAACUUAAGCUUAUUUAUUUAAAAUUCCAAAUGAGUUGCUCUCAAAAUUCUAAAAAAUGAAACUUUGCCUGUUGAAAGUUUCAGUAUUAGUAAACUUGAGUUAUCUUUUUUUUUUUUUUCUUGUUUUCCCAUUUACUUUGCUUCCUUGCAUUUUUGAAGCUGCUUUUUCUGGUCCUUUCUUCCCCUUUAAGACUUGUGUUUGUCAAUAGAAAUAAUUUUUUUUAGAUAUUGGGGAUCCAGUGUCUGUACUUCAAAUCAAACUUUUUUCCUUAAAAACUGUGUUUGUCAUUAGAAAUGAUUUUUUUUUUUUAUUUAAGAUAUUGGGGAUCCAGUGUCCACACUUCAAAGUUACGUAUGUUAAAAAAAAAAAAAAAAAGCAGUAACAUGCAAGGUGAAAUGCUUUUGGAUAAACAUAAGCCUAUUUUCUGACCUUUCUUAAUGCGAACUCUUUGCCUUAAAUGGUAGAACAUUUAGAAAUUUGCACAAAAUACAAAAAAAAAAGUUAAAACAUUGUUUUGGAGGGUUAAGAAAUAGAAAGGUGUGUGAGUACGUGUAUAGAUCUAUACACACACUUGUAAUACAGGCUGACUUGAUCUAGAGCAGUAAAUUCGCCCUGCAAGUUAACCCCCCAUUGCAAUGGUUGCCUUAAGGUGUUUGCUAGUUGUGUAUCUAGUGUGGUUACUCAUCAGCUACACUGCCUCCCAUCUGAUUAGAGCAGUGGGAAGCACACUGUGGCCUACCAGCGUCUGAACGCGUGUGCUCGACCUGUGUGCGUGCAGAGGUGGUGUGGAUGUGAGCGUGCGUGGAGGAAAAAGCUGCUACCCUCAGUAGGCCAAACGCUCAGGUGAAACAACUGACGAGUGUUACUGUAGGUUUUUUUUUUCUGUCAAAUCGCUACUUCUAUCAUGGAAGACAAAAAGCAUUUCCAUUUCAACAGUUUGUCAGCUUUAUUAAUGUUGGGCAAAAUUGAUGUUAUGAAAAUGAAACAGAUCUAUAGUUUUGGGGCAAAAUUAUAACAUGAAACGUGUAGGUAACCUAUUUAUAUACUGCUAUAAAGUAUUUUUUGAAGAGAGAUAUGCAAAGAAGCUAUUACCUACAUGAAAUGUAUAUUUAAAGAUUUUUUUUUUUUUCAUCCUGGAUGCCAGGAAUAUAAAACAGAGCGGAUAUAUUUAACCAUAACAUACUGUGAUUCAUCAAACAGCACAAACUUUCAUUUCAUGGAGUUUAUCUGUUGACGUUGAUUUAAACUAUCAUUUGUUUUAUCAUGUGGGAACAUAAGUUAUGUGGUCAAAAAUAUAAGGAUUUUGAACUAAUGUUGAUACAAGUUGUGUUGUCUUAUCGUAUUGUUUUUCAAAGUGCUGCCAGUUUAAAAGGGAAGCAUUAUGUUUACAAAUAUGUUUUGAAAUGUUUGCCAAAAUAUUGGUGGUAUCUUUAAUAAAGAUGUUUGUCUCCAGCAUCCAAAAAAAUAAAUAUAUAACUUCGUUGUGUAUCGUUGUAAACCAGAAAAUGCUGGUAUCCAAAAAAACCUGAGAGAGCAUGUAGAUGGAAUUUUGUCUUUGGAGUUCCAAAACAUUAACAGGAAAGAGUAAAUAAUAUGGUAAAAGUACACUAUACAAAGACUAAAACAAGGCCCUGUGCACUAUAACUCUAAUACAUUACCACAGAAAUUUGAUUUCUACAUAGCAUGGACCUCCUAGGGAAUUUGAUUUUUUUUUUUUUUUUUUUUUUUUUUUUUAAGCAUUGAGUUCCCUGGUGCUCUUCCUUUUACCUCAGAAUUGGUACAAUCAUUGUGUUCAUUGAUAUCAAACUUUCAGUUGGAAAAAAAAAAAUAGGAAAAGAAACUUAACUGGGGAUAAACUUGGUCCUCACAUCAUUGUGGUGGAGUCUCCUGAGGGAUUCUUCCAUAGGUAAUGACCUCAUAGGAGUCAUUUCUUAGACACCGUGGCCUUUUAAUCAAAGACCAUGUGCUGCUACUUGCUAUGAAUGGUGUUUUUCAAAAGCAAGGUGCUCGGGCCACUUGCAUCCCCCAAAUUAGAAUCUCCGAAGAUGGGGAGAUAGCCACAUUUUCAUAAGUAUCCUCCAAGUGACUUCUGCAAGCUCAAGUGUGAGAACCUUUGGCUUGGAAGCGACUGUAAACAUUUAGGUCUCUAAAUCUCAAGAUCUUGAACUGAAAUUCAGCUGUUUGUUUUUUUUUUUAAAGCCCAUCUCUCAGCAGGUGCAAAUCAUUUUUCCUCUCAACAUCAUUUGAGGCACCCUCAAUUGUUUCACUGCCAGUUCUUACUUUAGAACUUGUUUACAAAUAAGGCAAACCUUCCGGUUGGCUGGCUAAUUGUUGGCCCUUGGAGCUCCUACCCACCUCCAUCAGCACGUCUUCUGGUUUACAAAUUGGGUAACAAUGGAAGCUGGAGAUGCUUUCUGAAAAUCCAGGAUUGCACGCCCACAGACUUGACCACCUACCUAUAAAAGCCUUAAUUUAGAUGUUUGUUGUGUACAUUGGGCAGAUCCUUGCAAAACGUGUAUCUGUCUGUCUGUUGCAAAUUUGAGAGUUGUAAAUCUCUGAAUCUGCUGUUACCUGAGACUGCAUCUCUUUUAAAGAUAGGCAUGGGCCUAUUAAAAUAUUUAUAUUUAUAAUCAUCCUUCAUCUCCUACUGCAAGAUUUUUAGAUUCUCUCAAAUAAUUGCUGCAGGAAUGGGUGGCCACGUAGUUACUCUGGUAGAAUUUAUUUAGGUUUAGUUUUGGUUCAAUUUUGUUUUGUUUUUAGAGAAAUAGUUAAGUGUAAAAUAGCAUUGUCAAGAUGAGACAAUGAGUUAUUAUUUGUUCAUCACAUUUCACCUAAAAUAAUUUGAAGCACUCUUGAAGAUUUUUACCAACACCCAUAAAUUAACUCCAGAAUGAAUGAGCAGCUGAUUUAAUACAAACCAAAAAUAGCAUCAACUAGAUGUGUUUUUUUUUGUUUUAUGUGAGGAUUUCACUUCCUGCCUUGUUGGUUAUUUAUUUCCCCGUGGAAUACUUGAGGGGUUAACUUUCAACUCUCAGUAGAGAUGAAUGUUCAGAACUUGCUCUCACAGAAGUAAUUGGUGUCAUCAGUUGAUAUCAUUGCUGCGUGCAUUGAUUAUAAAAAUCCAGUAUUAACCUUCCUUCGUCUCUGACUGAUCUUUUAACCUUUAUAGGAGUUUUCUUUUCCCUUAAAAUAUUUCACCUUACUCUGUCAAACAAGUGCAUAUUUUCAUGUUUGAAACAAGGUGUUGAAAUGAGGUUUAGACACAAACGGUCCAUCAGUUCCCACCCUCUGCUUGGUUGCCUUGCCCCUCCCACUAGCGCGUUCUUUGCUUCUGGAACUUGACUGAAACUCUCCAGCCAGUUUCCUGGUCUUGCUGGCCCUGUGAGUGUGAGUCACGUAUGUGUGGUUUUUGCCUUUACUACUUUUAAGGCUCUUAGAGUGUAUCCCUUGCCUAAGUGUUACUAAAUCCUUCUCUUGUGGACCUGAUGGGGAAAAAAUCAACAGCCAGCUUUGAGACGAACCUCUUGGGAAAAGAUAUUAACUGACACAACUAAGUGAAGGCAACAGAAGAUGUUAUCCGUGUCCUCUGUAACCUGAAAACUGAACAAGGCUAUGAGGCUCAUUUCAAUAUGUUGAAGUGUUAAAAAAUAUAUACAUAUAUAUCUACGCUGUUUUCGGUUGUUCCACCCAAACCGUUUUAGGAAGGUAAGAUGUCACAGGGACUCUUCCGUUGUUCUGAGCUCAGCAGCUGUGGUGGCCCCUGUUGUUCUACACCAAUUUCAGUUCAAUAAAAAUGUCAACUUUGCAA